AGCAAUGAUGUCAUGGCGUCAUCAAAAGAUCAGAGCGCUUCUUCAGCAUACGGUCAGAGCUCAGUGCCUUUUCUGCUCACAGGUAGUAGGGGAUGUCAUUGUAUAGUAAAUGCAUUAUAUGCUGUUUUUUAAAAUUAAUAACUACUGCUGGAUGCCUUUCUUCUGCAUCCUUUCGCAUCCACAAAGGAAGUGAAAUAAACAUUUUUAUGCACGUGGCCCGGCUUUUCCCAGGUAGUGUGAAAGGGGCUAGUUCAUUGGACACGGACGCCUUUCGGCAAAUCAAUUCUUCUGUUAGCUGCCAAUUUUGUGGGGGAUCUCCGUGUGAAAGGGACUGAGGUGAGCCUGCCACUCCUCAAAAGACACGAUUGCUCUGCGGAAUUGGCUGAAGCACGAGAUGAAGUCUACCCUGAAAUUUUACCGCUUUGGACAGGGGUGUCCGAACCUUUCUCCGCAUACAGAACAAUGCAUGUGUUUGUUCAUCGAACACAUGAAAAUCAACCCCAAGUCAUUCAAGACAUGCUAAACAGUAAGUAGCAUUAAUUUAAAAAAAAAAAACCCUACACGUCAGCUUUGUGCUAUGUUAGCAUGAUAGUUUCAAAACUGCAACUGUUUGCUCAUCAAAUCACAUACACAUAAAAAAACGAGCUGAGGGCCUUUGGAAGCUCCUGUAUUAGGAGGUCGUAUAGGUGUAAAGUUUCACGCCGCUCAUGCAGUCUGACAUUUUAUCCCAGUUUGCUGGUGUUCUGUGUGAAACUCACAGGACAAUAAUGCAAUAUCUGUGUGAAAGGCUAUAGGUCAGUCUGCCACCCCUCAGACUAACGAUCCGUAUAUAAGUACCGAUGCAAAGGGUAGAGUCGGUAUUGGAUCGAUACUAGCGUGGUGAGGUCGAUAUUUUCAAUUAAUUUCACCGUGUUUUUUCCUCUGUUGUUCAUUUAACCUUUAUUUAACCAGAUAAAAACCCAUUGAGAUCAGGAUCUCUUUUACAAGGGUGACCUGGCCAAGAGGUCAGCAGCACACGUCACAAGUGAUAAAAUAUACAGAUCUAAAAGAUUACAAAGUAUGUAUGUUCAUAUAUAUUGUAUGUAAAGUGCAGGUGAUUAGUGAUACAAUACAUAAAAACGCUAUUUAAAACAAAGGCACUGUUCUGUGGUCUGACGCUCUGUUCAUAUUGUCACGUUGUUGCAUGUUGCGGACACGAGAGGGAUUGGGGGCAAAGAAAAAUACCUGAAGAUAGUAAAUAGCCUACUAUUUUGUUGAUAUUGUGAUUUAUUUACAUAUUGUUAAAUUGUUCACGAAUAUGUUUGUUUAUACAGUAUAUAUAUGUUUUGCUUGCCUAACAUUGCUGUUGACUGUGAUUCAUUCUGAUUAUAAUCACGAUCAACAAACUAAAGGCAAAGUGGCCAAAUUAUUCAACGAGCUUGACAAAUUUCAAGUUGAAAAGCAUUGUUAUCGGUAAUACCGGCGAUGUAGUUACUUAGUAUCGGAUCGUUACCAUUUGCAGCAUCGCCCACCUCUGCUACGUAGGCGGCAGCACGUGACCGGCCCCGACCGUGACGUAAUUAAUUAAUUGCUCGCACCUGCGCUGCGUGGCAGGUGAUGUUUACAAAGCUAGGCGCGCGCACGUGAAAAGCCGCGCUCAUGCCACGCGCACGGCCGGGGAGGAGUGAGUGACAGCCAGGGCAGCGCCUUCAAAACAAAAAGACACUCCUCUCCGACUUCCUGUCUUUCUUUCUUUUUUUUUUUUUUUUUUUUUUUUUUACACACUUUUAACGGCUGGAAGGAAAGACAAGCGCAGCAGCUCUCCCGGCUCCAGGAUGACUGCGGCCGCCCGAGAAGCGUCGACGAGCCGGCUGGAGAGGAGCAGCCAUACGGCCUUCAUCCACAACAACACCCUGCACGUAUGGGGAGGCUACCAGGUCAUCGCCGGUGAGGACGUCGUCCUGCCCAGUGAUGAGAUCUGGAUCUGUGACUUAGACAGCGGCAUGUGGGAGCGGCGGGAGAUGAGCGGCGAGGUGCCCCGUGACCUGAUGGGCUUCUGCGGCUCAUACGUGAACGGCUCGCUGUACGUCUUUGCAGGAUGCGACCAACAAGGCUACAGCAACAAAAUGUUCAGCGUGGACCUCAUGCAGCAGUGCUAUCUGUGGAAGAAGGUGCCUGCUUCCAAAGGAACGCCGCCCUCGCCCAGGACCAAGCACAGCUGCUGGGUGCAUGGAGAUCGGUUGAUCUACUUUGGGGGCUACGGAUGCAAGACCAUCUUGGAGGUGAGGAACGCGACGUUGUCAACCUUCGUCAUUGAAGAGAUGUCCUGGACGACCAUCGGUGACACGUUAUUUCGGUGCUGGGGCUGGAACAACGAGGUCAACGUGUUCGACACACACACGACGACGUGGAGCGUCCCCGAGACUCAGGGCCCUGUGCCAACCCACCGAGGCUGCCACGCCAGCGCCGUGGUGGGGAGCAAAGGCUACGUGUGUGGCGGCGUGGAAAGUGCAGACUUGGACCUCUUCUGCUUGGACCUGGACAAAUGGACCUGGACUCAAUUUAACGUCUCGCCAUGCUGCGCGCCGUUGGGCCGCUCCAUGCACACCAUGACGCCCACCUCCGACCACACCCUCUUCGUGUUCGGCGGUCUGGGCGCGGAUGGAAGCACCCUCAAUGACGCCUGGCAGUUCGACACGCUCCGGAGAGAGUGGAGCAAGAUGACGCACCCGCACAAGGACAAGCCCAGGGUGUGUCACAGCGCCUGCCUGGGAAGCGAGAGCGAUGUCGUCGUCUUUGGGGGAAGCAGCAACCUGCGCAUCCUCAUGGAUUCCGUAGCAGUGCUGAGGGCUCCGUCGCAGCAUCACUGCCGAGAUGUGUUCAUCUUCCAGACGCAGCCGUACUCCCUCUUCAGGCUGUGCGAGGACUUCCUGGGGAGAAACGCGGCGCUGCUGGGCCGACGUCUGGCGUGGCUGCCGACCAAGCUGCGCGGCAAAGUGGAGAAGAGGGUCGCCUUCUUCUCGCUGCCGUCGCCUUGAAGGGGAGCAACUUUUAAACAUGUUUAUGAGGGUAUAAAAAAACAAAUAUGGUGCUUAAGAUUUAUCCGUUUUUGUUUUAAACUAAAGUAAAAGUUGUCUUAUUUUAAUGUAAAUGUGAUAGUUUUAUCUCCAAAUGUUUUCACCUGAUUUUGAAUAAAGUUGAUUUGCUUGUA